AGUCCCGAUAUCUUUUCGCCUCCACGCGUUGAAUGCGUCUGUCGAGGCUCACUGUGUACGUCGGUGUUCUCCCGUUGCAUCGCUCCACCCUUUUUUAUAUAUAUAUUUACUUUGCUUUUUUGUUGUUUUUGUUGCUCUUGUUGUCUUCAGUCAUGGCGUUUCUUUGAAGGUAUUUACUACAGUGUGUGUGUGUGUGUGCUUUCGCUUCCCCUGUUCGAUCCCUUUUUGUUUCUCUCUCAUAAAAUAAUAAUUCGAUUGUAUAUGGAAAAAGGAAAAAGGAGUAAAAGAAAAAGAUUCGAAUAAAGCGGCUGCACCGUGAUGUUCGGCAGACGUAGAUCGUUGGCAACGUGUAGUGUACUUCAUAUAUAUGUAUUUACUUGUUUUUUUUUUCUAAAGCCCUCGCAUUUUUGUUGUUGUUUUGUUUGACGUUUCCUCUUCCAGCAAGGGGUUGUCAGGUCAAAAGCUCACACCCACACACACGCAUCCAAUCUUCUCCUUCAUGCGAACGGAACCCUUUCCACAUCGUCCUCUCUCAACAUCUGUUCGUUUGACCAUAUUUAUUUAUACAAAUAUUUGCUUACUUUUUAGUGCAGCAGUGUAAUAAGACUCAUGUAGUUCAGAAGAAAAAUUAAAGGGAUUUCACUUGCUGAAACUCAGAUCUUUUUGUUUGUGGUUGUGGGAGUGUGUGUUUGUUGUUUGUAAAUGAGGAAACGCACGACCAGUUGGUUGUGUGCGGAAGUUUUGUAUGCAUGUGCUGCUUCGAAUUAAGAAAGAAAAAGACAUAGCAUCUUGCAGCGACGCUGGGGGUUCGGCAAUCUCUGCUAACCGUUUUCUUCUUUCUAGCAUUCCGACCCUCACGCGGAGAUGAUGGAAGGCAACACAAAAAAGUGUAGAGGAAGGCGGCGGAUAUGCAAGACGAACCAUGAGCUGCGCUUUUCGCGUUCAUUCGCUUAGUGGUACUCGCAGUAGCUACAGCACUUUUCCACGCACUAUUUGCGAUGCUGCAGCUCGUGUUUUGUUGCUCACCAGCGGCCAUUUCGGCUGCGGGCCUUCGCCUUUGUGCAGGUACUCGUUUCAUUUUUCUUCCUCCUCCUCCUCCUAUCCAUCCUUCUCUCUUCCCGCUCAUUCUGUUGCAGCUCCACCUCCUGGCAUCGCAAGUGGUAUGCUGCUCUUAUUAUUAUUAUUGUUGCUAUAGUUGCAUUGCUUCAAUAUAUAUAUAUAUAUAUCUACUACGUAGGCGCCCCGCCUGAACCGCUAAUUCGAAGUCGCAGUAUCAUUAUUCAUUGUUAAAUAAGAAGUCAUGUUCACCCUUGCGAUCACCGGCAGCGGCUCGGAGCAGCUGAAGGCGGAAGUUCAGGCUGCCCUCGUGGACACGGCCCACCUCUUCGCUGCCCCCUCCUCCACCCCCGAGACGAACCAAAUUUUCACCCUAUGUCUCGAUGCUGCGGACACGGCAUUCAUGAAGCCGCUUUACCAGCUUUAUCACUAUCGUUUUGUGUGGACGGAGAUGAGCACCGUGGCGGAGCUGGUGGCGGCGCUGCGGCCUCUCCUCGCGUCCCACGCCCAACACGGCGGUCACGCCGGCGCCUUCUCCAGCACCCGCGGCGCAGCGGAAGCGUCUAAUUUUUUGUCCGUCGUGCGGGACGGCCUCGCCAGCGACGGCGGCCUCUACAUCCUGAAGAACAUCCCCGUCAUGCCCGACUCGCAGCUGCACUUCUUCUGCAAACAGAAGAACCUCGCCUACGUCGAUGCGGCGGAGACGAUACUGGAGCAGCUGGUGGACGCGAGCAUCGCGCCGGCGGUGCUGUACCCGCUGGUGCUGCAGGCGUACGACCCGUCGCGGUGGUCCGAUAAGAUCGAUAUCUGCCCCAUCACGCCGCUGCUGAAGGGCGGACUUGCGAAGACGAUGGCGGAGGUGGCGACGGAGGACACGGGGCGGCUCGCCCGAUCGGCCUCCUUCAACGCACCGGAGCGGUGGGCCGCCAACGUCUCCGUCAUGGAGCUCUUCCACGGCCCCACCGCCGCCUUCAAGGACUUCGCCCUGCAGCUCUUCCCUCGCUACUUCGCGACCGCCACGGCGACGCAGGAGAAGGAAAAGUACGUCAUCCUCGCAGCCACCUCCGGCGACACCGGCGUGGCGGCCAUCAGCGGCUUCGUCAACGCCGGGGCCCACGCGCAAGUGAUGGUGCUCUACCCGAGUCACGGCGUCUCGCCGGUGCAGCAGACGCAGAUGCUGUCCUUCGACGACGGCGCGCAGGUCCGCGCCUACGCGGUGCCCUCCGAUUUUGACUUCUGCCAGAACACGGUGAAGCAGCUCUUCACGAAUGCGCCGCUGAAGGAGGAGCUCGCCGCGCUGCACCCGGCGGUGCGCCUGUCUUCGGCGAACAGCAUCAACUGGGGACGACUGAUCCCGCAGGUCGUGUACUACUUCUGGGCCUACCGCCACCACGUCCAGCACCCGUCCCCCGGCUGGACGUUUGGCGACCCGAUCGACGUCGUCGUGCCGUGCGGCAACUUCGGCAACAUCCUCAGCGGCUACGUCGCGAAGCUGAUGGGCCUGCCCGUGCGCAAGCUCAUCGUCGCGUCGAACCAGAACGACGUGCUGCACGACUUCGUGAUGACCGGCACGUACGACGUGCGGCAGCGCACCCUCGCCGUCACUGCGUCGCCGUCGAUUGACAUCUUGAAGGCCUCCAACGUGGAGCGCUUCCUCUACCUGCUCAGCCACGGCAACACAGAGCUGGUGGCACGCCUCAUGCGCGAGCUGGACACGAACGGGGUCUUCACGAUACCCGAUGACAUGCGGGCCGCGAUGCAGGAAAGCUUCGCCGCCGGCCGCUGCAGCGAGGAGGACUGCGCCGCCACCAUCAAAUCCGUCUACGAGCUGUCACGGGGCGCUCGCCUGCUCGACCCCCACACGGCCGUCGCCGUCUUCGUGGCACAGAAGUUCCGCGAGGACGAGCUGCUGCAGCGGGACCUGGCGAAGCCGACGGCAAACGACGCGGAUGGCGAUGUGCCCCCGCUGGUCAUCGCGAGCACCGCCCACUGGGCUAAGUUUCCCGCUCCGGUGCUGCACUCUCUGCGUGGUGAGGGUGCCCAGCUCGGCUCACCGGCUGCGUCGGUUGCCGCCGGCAUUCACGAGGUGCGGGCUCUCUACGCGGAGAUCACGAAGAACGGCACCCAGCAGCCGCAUCCGGCGCUGCUGCACGCGCUUGAUGUGGCGGAGAAGACGGCCAACUCGGUGCGCUCCAUCGACGCGGAUCUCCCUGCAAUUCAGAAGGAGUUGGAGGGCUUCGCGCGCGUCUAA